GAAAUUACACAACCACCACGACAGGCCAGGGCUGCAACCUGCCUGCUCGCCGCCUCCCAUGACCAGAACACGAAAGCAGAGCAAGGCUGCGGCCGCUGCUGCUGUUGACACAGGCACUGCCGAAACAUCUCCUGCGCCGCCAACACUACAACAAACGCAGACCCAGGCUGAGCUGCACCUUGCUAUUCCUGACGACAUAAACUUGGAUGUGCUAUCCACCCUUCUCCCCGACGCGCAGCUGGAUGUACCAUCAGCUGAUACUGUCGUAACCCUCUACCGGCUUGUUCUCGCGCAGGUCUCUGACUCCGAUCUGCUUCACCGAGAACUCGAGGAAACAAAAGCCGAAUUGCAGCGGAAAGAUGUGGAACUCGACCAGGCGCUCCAGGAUCGCGAGUCUGCGGUGCGAGAGCUGGAAACCGUAUCAGGGAGUCUGCAGAACGAGUUGAAUCAGACGAGACAAGAGAAGGAGGAGAUACUCGCGUCCAAGGUUGCGUUGGGGGCUCAAUUGGCCUCAUUAUCAACUUCACAAAGCUCCACAUCAACAGAAGUCGAGUCCCUGAAACAUCGCAUCGAGGAUGUUGAACGAGAGAAGCGGGAUCUUGUCGGUGUCGUAAGCAGGCUGAAGGAGGAUGCUACCCAGCGUGAAGAGGAGAUUCAGACGCUCCGCGGUAACCUCAAGCAGGCACGUCAAGAAUACCAGGCUCUGGAAAGCCAGGUACGGGAACUCAGGUCAACAGAAACAUCUACCAAGUACAAACUCGACUCGCUUUCGCAACAACUGAAGCUCGCGAGGGAUGAAGCAGAGCGCGCAUCCGCGGACCUUGUUGCAAAAUCUGAGGAGUUCGCCAAGUACCGCCGUACAAAGCAUGCCGAAUUCGCACAGCUGCAGGCUGCCCAUGACUCCCUUGUUCAGACACACGCUGCAACCGAAAGCUCGCUGAAGACGCUCCAAUCAUCUCACACGGCACAGUCACAUCAGCUCACCCAGACUCUUGCGCGGAUCCAAGACUUGACGGGACAGCUGGCCGAGCAGGAGGCUACGUACUCGAGCGAAGCUGCGGGCCUUAAGCGUCUCGUUGAGAUGAUGGAAGAGCGGGAGGCACAGGCGAAAGCCAUCGUCGAAAACAUCGAGAAGGAGUGGGCAGGUGUCGGCGAACGCGCUGAGCGCCGAGAAGUUGUUCUCAGGGAAGAGAUCGAAGCGCAGAGGCAGCGUGCAGAGGAGGCCGAGGGCCGAAUCUCUGAACUGCAGAGGGUCCUGGAUAGUCUUGACCGCGGCGAGUUCCCUAUUCCUGGUACACCCGGUGGCGGCGUUCCUUUCACUCCCGCUCGUGGCGUCCCUGUGACUCCAGGGAGCCGUGCUUCAGGGGAGUUCCUGGGCAUGGAAGGUAUGAUGGGCCUAAGUCCGACAGUUGCCAUGGCCAGUCGAGCGCAGAGGGGCGGCAAGACGUUCACGGAGGUUUAUGCCGACUACGUCAAGCUUCAAGACGAGUAUGCGAAGAAGUGUGCCGAAUACGACCAUAUGGAUAGGACGUUGGCCGCCGUUCUGGCUCAGAUUGAGGAGAGGGCACCCAUCCUUGCUCAGCAACGCCAGGAAUAUGAGCGUUUGCAGUCAGAAGCAUCGCUUCUCGCCUCCCAGCUGUCACAGGCUAUCGCUGAACGCGAUGCUAAUGCAACCGCCGCUGAAGAGAAUGGACAGAAGCUAGUGAAGAGCACUCGCGAGAUUGAAAUGCUCAACCAGCAGCUGAACGAUCUUGGCCAUCAGGUGCAGGCGUUGCUCAAGGAACUCGGCCGCCGUCAGGACUCCUCCAUCCCCUCAGACUAUGAGCUCGACGCGAACACUACCAUUCAGCCUGCGGAGAACAUCGAGGCGGUCAUCACCAAUAACCUCGUACUCUUCAAGUCUAUUCCCGCGCUUCAGGAGCAAAAUCAGAAGUUGCUCAAGGUCGUCCGCGAGCUCGGUUCGAAGAUGGAGAUGGAAGAGAGGGAGUACCGCGAGCAGCUCGAGGCGGAACAGCAAGCCGCGCUUCAGGAGGCGUACACCGCCGUGAAGGAGCUCCAGGACCAGCUCGAGAACCAGAAGAGGAGCGGCGAGGCCACGAUACAGGCAUAUCACAAGGAGCGCGACGCGCUUAAGAGUAUGCUUGUGCGUGAACGUGGUAUGGCCGGCCAUUCAAACGGUAUCAGCCUUGAUGAAGAGAUGACAGACCCUUCUGAGGCCGUCAAGGAGCUUGAGGAGGUCCAGGCGCACUUCGAGACAUUCAAGACUGAGAUGGGCGUUGAUUCUGGAAGGCUGAGGGAGGAUCUUAUUGCUGCACGCAGCGAGAAAGCUCAGUUCUCUGCUCAGCUCGCGAAGGCGAACGCCAAAGUCGAGUACCUCAAUGAUCGUCAGAGAAUGCUCCAGGAACAAAACGCAAUGCAGUCGAAGGAGAUCGACAACCUCUCAAGACGCAACCAGGAGCUCUACGAUCAGUACGCACGCGUCGACAUCGAAUGCAACCGCGUCUCGGAGGAUCUUGUCUUUGCCACGACCGUGAUUGAGCAGCUGCGCAACGAGACGGCGAACCUGCGUGCGGAAAAGAACAUCUGGGAGAGUGUGCAAGCGCGCCUUGUCGAGGAGAACAAAAGUCUCGCAAUGGAACGGUCGCAUCUGUCCGACCUCAUGGCGAACGUUCAGCGGAUGCACCAUGACUUGGAGCGCUCCGGCGAGAAUGAUCGCCGUCGGCUUGAAAGCCAGAUUCAGAUGCUGGAGAAUCAAACACAGGAUCUCAGGUCUCAGCUGUCCCAGGAACGUGAUGCUGCUCGUCACACGGCUCUGCAGAAGGACCUCGAGCUUAAGGAGCUGCGCACCAAGAUUGAGAAACUUAAUGAGGAUUAUGCUAAGACUCGUGAGGUUCUCGUCGCCGCUGAGACGAGCAAAAAGCAUCUCGAAGAUCAGGUCGAGCAACUGACACGUCAUUUACGCGGCAACGAAGAGAAGCUUGCUGUCUACGAGCGAAGAGUUUCUGGUACUCCCGCUGCCUUCAACCAUACCAACGAGGGCCUGAGUCGCGAACAACAACUUGAGGCAGAGGUUGCUGACCUCCGGUCCGCCCUCAAGGUCGCCGAAGUUGACCUUGCAACCGCCCGGAGUCAUGUUCAGCAGUUCCAAGAGAUCAGCCAGGCAAAUGAGACUGCACUGGCUACGCUCACCGCUACCUACGACGAGUACAAAGCAUCGACUGAGGCGCAACUUGCUCAGCGGGAAUCCGGUUUCAACGCCAUGCUAAUGAAACUCAACUCCGUUCAACAAGAGCUCGUGCAAAUACAGGAGAAGAACGUCGAGUUGCAGCGUACCUUUGAGACAGAACGUACUGCUUGGCAGCAGGAUAGGAAGACUCUUGAGGGCACCAUCUUCGAGCUCAGCACAUCGGAGAGAAGCUCAGACAAUGAACGCGCAGCUCGAGAAGAAGAAGUCCGCCAAUUCGAGGAGCGCGCACGAGCCGUAGAAGACAGGUAUGGUCGAGAGGUUCUUGCCCAUGCCGAGGCGAUCAAGACCAUAGACACGCUCCGUCAGCAGCUGUCCCAGGCCCAAGCGAAAGUGCGCGACAACCUCGCGGCUGCGGAGACCGCGCGGGCUAAGCUUGCUGCGUCUGAGUCCAGCUGGAAGCAGCAGAGGGAAGCUCUUGACAAGGAGAUAGCUGAUCUCAACGCGAGGAUCAAAGAUCUCACUACUCAGAACAAUCUCCUCCACCAGCAUCUUGAGUCUGUCAGCUCUCAGGCUGCGCGCAUCCGGGAGGCGGCAGAUUCGUCUGCAGCUCCUGUUACCGGCGAUGGCGACUCAGCCGAGGAUGUAAAUACCAAGCUGUCAGAGUUGCGCUCGGUCGUGGCAUACUUGCGCAAGGAGAAAGAGAUCGUGGAUCUGCAGCUUGAGCUCAGCAAGCAAGAAAGCACUCGACUCCGCACUCAAGUUGACCACCUUGAUAAGAGCCUUGAGGAGACGAGAAAGACGCUUUCCGAGGCGAGUCCUCGAUUGUCUACUUGUUCAAUGACGAUGUUGCUGACGUCUCCGUAUCAGGAACGUGAACGUGCCGUUGAGGCGGCCGCUUCGGAGGCUCAGCAUGCAGAGCUGGUUGAGCGGAUCAAUCAGCUUAGCAUCCUCCGCGAGAGCAACGCUACCCUCCGUGCUGAAUGCGACUCUCACGCCAAACGCGCCAAGGCUCUGGAGACGAAGCUUCAGCAGCUUUCGAGCGAGCUUGAUCCGACCAAGGAGCAGUUGCGGUUAGCUAGAGCCGAGCUUGAAGCACGUAACCAGCAAGUCAGGCAGCUUGAGGAGGAGCUUCGCAGAUGGCAGGAGCGUAACGCUUCGCUUCUCAGCAAGUACGACCGCAUCGAUCCCGCCGAGGUUCAAGUCCUCAAGGAGCAGAUUGAGACUAUCACCGCUGCGAAGGCCAGCCUCGAAGAGGCACAGAGGCAGCAGCAAGAGAGGAUCACUCAACUCGAGGCGACGAACCGGAGGCACAUCGAGACCGGAAAGAAGAAUAAUGAGAUCAUGAAGAGGAGGAUUGCCACCGUCGAGGCCGAGAAGUCCGAGCAGCUCGGCAAGUUGCAGGCUGAGCUGGAGUCGGUUACUGCGGAGCGGGACACCUUAAAGACCUCCGAGUCGUCUGUUGGCUCUUCUCGUGAGCAGGAGCUAAAUGAACAGCUGCAGAGCUUGCAGACGGAAAAGGCUGCACUUGCGGCUCAAGUUACGGAGUUGCAGGCAGCGGCAGCUGUAGCGGCAAGCUCUAUUCCAGACGCUGAAUUGGCUGCGAAAUUGGCGCAUAUCGAAAAAGAACAUAACGAGUUACUUGCAGAGAAGUCUGCUUGGGUCAUUGCAUCGUCGAGUCCCGCAGGAGCCGAAGGUGUCACGGACGCUGAAAAGGCAGAGCUAACUAAGGCGCGUGACGAGGCUAUCGCUCAGGCAAAGGCCGCCACAGAACGUGCUGAACAGCUUAUAGCUGAGAUUAAUAGUCUCAAGUCUUCCAUCGAUAACCUCAACAAGGAGCGGCAAGAAGUGCGUGCUGCCAGGUUGGCCGAACAGAAGAAGGUUGUUGCAACUAUCAAGCAAGCUGUGGAGACCGCGCUCGCGAAGCAGAAGGCUGAGCUCCAGAGCCAAGGCAAUACUGAAGCUGUUGCUCGUCACGCCGAGGAGUUGCGCGCUCUAGAGGAGCGACUGAAGAAGCAGCACGAGGAGGAACUCAAGCGUGCAGUCGAUGAUGCAAAAGCUGCCAUUGCGGCCAAUCCUGAUCAACAAGCAGCCAUCGAAGCCGCAGUCUCCGCUCGCCUGCGAGAACUCCAGGAGAAGCACGAGCAGGAAGUGACCGCCGCCAUUGAUAGGGGCCGGAUGGAAGCCACAACCAAGAUGAAGCUGAAGGACGCCCAGCUUGUCAGGGCGCAAAACAGGCUCAAAGAACUCGAGGCCGCGCAUCAGCAGCUCAAGGCACAGGCUUCCACCCAGAGUCCUGCUGCCGAUACUACGCAGCCGGCGCAAGCAGUUGCAUCCUCUUCUACCGCGGCUCCGGCCGGUGCGCAAAAGCCUGCAGCCCCGCGUCCGAGCGGACUCCCCCAAAAGCCCGGCGCCGUACCAGCAGGCGCCACUCGCGGGCGAGGAGGAGCUCCGAGGGGUGGCGCGCGCGGCGGAGCGGCUGGUGGUCUCUCCAUCCGUGGUGCAGGGGCUCCUGCUGCUGCCGCUGUCUCUGCGGAAGUAGGCCAAACUGUAGCCAGUCCUGUCGAUGGCGUCUCUAUCAUGGGCGCCGCCGGCAAGCGGCCGAGAGAAGAUGGUGAAGCUUCGGGAGAUGACUCGCUCGCCAAGCGACUAAAGCCAGAAGGUGCUGCUAAGCCAGUGCAGCUGCGCAGGGACCGUGUUCCUCCACCGCCUCCAUCUUCGUAGUUGGCGUUAUGUUAGAUGCUAUCUUGCGUAUCCCAUACAUCAUCUACUGCCUGUCUCUGUAUAAUCAACGUGUAUGUAUUAGGAGCACGAGCCACGGACGUAUCAUCUUCAAAAGUAGCUCGUUAUGCAUAAUUGAAACGUCUCCGUUGUCCUGGCAAUCAAGAACGUCUACUAUAGCACUGCGAAUGUUUACAUCAACG